AUGUUGACAGGAAGGGCAACCGCUCUCGUCGGUGCAGGGACGCAGGGGCGACGACUGGCAUACAUGUGGUCAAGUCAGGGCCGAGCUGUUCAUCUCAUUGACGCCCAGGCGAAGCAACUUUCUGAUAGUCUCAAGUAUAUCGACCAACUUCGGUCUUCGUCUGAACGGCCGAACGCACGAUGGGGCGAGAUCAAGACGUUCACCUCGGACGCGUUACCCGAGGGACUGAGAGAUACGUGGUUGAUCGUUGAGUGUGUUCCAGAGAGGCUGGAGCUCAAGCGGCAAAUGAUCACACAGGUCGACGAGCUGGCGGACCCCAACACUAUCAUCGCAUCCAACUCCAGCAGUUACAGCAUAUCCGAGAUCAUCGACGGCUUGAAACUGUCCCAUGAGCGGCGGAUUCUCAGCGCUCAUUGUUACUGGCCCCCAGAGACUUCUGCGAUCGAACUCAUGGGUCACGCGAAUACCGAUCCUGCAAUUAUCCCACUUCUCAUGGAACAAUGUCGGGAGCAUGGAUUCAGUCCUUUUCACGUUAAAAAGGAUUCCAUGGGCUACAUAUACAACAGGAUUUGGGCUGCCAUCAAAAGGGAAGCAUUGCUCACAGCAGCAGAGGGCGUGGCUACUCCGUCUGAGAUUGAUGCGAUUUUCAAGGAUGUUUUGAAGACGCCGAAGGGCCCCUUUGAACAGAUGGACGUUGUUGGGCUCGACGUUGUGCUCAACAUCGAGGAGCACUAUGCAGAAAAGCGGAAAGAUGUCCCCCAGGAGCCUCGCGAGUACCUUCAGCGAUUCAUUCAAGACGGCCUUCUCGGUGUCAAGAGUGGCAAGGGAUUUUAUGAGUAUCAAAAGCCAUGA